AAGUGUGAUAUGCCUGCAUACCAUGAGCUUCCUACUUUUAAUAAUGGUGCUUGGUUUUGGGCUUCAGAAAUUGAGAAAAAGAAAGAAAAAGACACAGCAAAGAAACUAGCUGAAGAUGGCAGCACCAGCAGUAUGUCAAUGGAUGUGAACCUGUACGUCACGAGGAAAACAGUGGCCCAAGGUCUGAUGGACGUUGCUCUACUAACAGCUAAUGCAGCACAGUUAAAGCACCUGCUGUGUCACCCUGAUGACCAUGAAUAUUUUAUAGCAGCAGUGUUUUUUAUUUCACUUUCUCUUACACUGCAGGUGAUAGUUGGGGUUAUACUGAUUGUCAUUGGCCGCUGGAACGUAAAUGUAAGCAAGGAACAGAACAGGGCAGAAAAAUUUAACAAUCUUAUCAUACUUUUAGCUUUUCUCGUCAUUGUCGUCAACGUUCUCAUUUCGGCUUUUGGUCUGAAAGGACCAAUUUUUUUUGAAUAAGUGGAAAACUAUUGUUUGUGGAUCGACAACCAAUAGAUAAUAAGAGAAUUAAUAGAAGCCGAGUUAUUUGAAAUAGUUGAUUUUUAGUUGCCUUUCUAAAAUCAAGUUACGAAGAGUAUAGUUGCCUAAAAUAUAGUUCUACUACGUGGCACACAACUGAUAACAAAGUUCAAAUAAACUAUUUAAUAUUUCA